CGGCUCUGUUUUCCCCGGAACGCUAUAAAAGAGCCACUCCUACGCUGCCAUUCACAAAGCUCAAUCACCUCUCGAAGAGACAGGAGGAACGCCAGCAUCGUUUUGUGGACAAACACGCCAUCGACUGAAAAAAAAUGGACCCUUGCGAGUGCGCCAAGACUGGAACCUGCAACUGUGGAGGAUCCUGCACGUGCACAAACUGCUCCUGCACGAGCUGCAAGAAGAGCUGCUGCCCGUGCUGCCCAUCCGGCUGCAGCAAGUGCGCCUCUGGCUGCGUGUGCAAAGGGAAGAAAUGUGAUACCAGCUGCUGCCAGUGAGGAGUCUGCAGCAUCUGCUCUCCUACACUUAUGAUGGAGCCAUUAAGACUCCGCUAUUAUAAAUUUGCGCACUGUCACUAAAUGAUAUAUAUUUUGUACUUUUCUUUGGGUGUUUGAAAUAAACAUGUUUAACAAAAUGUGA